CCCAUCCGCUGUUCUUUUUAAACCAAGGCGGGACUGUUCACCGUGUUCACUCAGUCAGUGUAGCUGGUGUUGAGACAUCAUCUGACUUAACAGGUCGCUACCAACAUGGUGAGGACUAAAGCCGACAGCGUUCCCGCAACAUACAGAAAAGCUGUUGCAGCGGCUGCACCCCGGAAGUCUCUGGGCUCCAGCACAGCCAAUUCCUCCGCCUCCUGCAGCCAGUCAGCCACACCUGCAAAGAAUAAAUAUGCAGGUGGUAACCCUGUGUGUCCGCGUCCCACGCCGACCUGGCAGAAGGGCAUCGGGGACUUCUUCGGUGGCCCCCCGAGGAAGAUUGAGAAAGAGAACCAGAUGCCUCAGGAGGUAGAGGAUGGUGAAGAGGCCGGAGGCAGCGGCGUGUCAAAGGCCAGCAGGAAGUCCCGACCGCUGCCUGCUGAGGACGAGGAGGACGAUGAAUGAAGAUGAUGAAUUAAUAUUUCUGACUGUCAGUUCAAUUUCUCCUUCAUGGGAUCCUAAUGUACAUCUGUAUAUAAUUAUUGCUGAAUUCAAUUUGUAUAGUUCAUUAAACUUUUUUUUAAUGUUUUUAA